AUGCAGGCAGGCUCCUUGUCCCUUUCCCUGCGGCAACGUCUGGACAUUCUGAUUGGGGUGGCACGCGGAUUGGAGUAUCUUCACGGCUUUGGCAUUGUGCAUCGGGACAUCAAGCCAGCCAACAUUCUGCUGGAUGGGAACAUGCAGGCCAAAAUCGCAGAUUUCGGGUUGCUACCGCCCAACCCCAUACCACCACCCCAGGAGCACCACCUCAUCAACACAGCAAGCAGCCCAGCCACUGCCGUUACCAUCAGCAGCAGCAGCGGCGGCAGCAGCAGCAGCAGCAGAGGCACAGUGAGUGGUCUGUGGGAGUCAACUCGGGUGGUGGGCACGCCUGGCUUUGUAGACCCAGCCUACUUUGAGUCACACAAGGCCACCCCUGCAGCUGACGUGCACAGCUUCGGAGUGGUGAUGCUGGUGCUGCUAACAGGGCGCAAGGCAGUCAUACCGGUAGAGAGAGGAUGGCUUCUGGCCCGUCGAGCAUGUGAACAUCAAACACUGGUUCCCUGCAACAACAAGAUACGAGCAAGUGGCUGGACCCUACCCUACAGGCUCCAGCCAGCAUGGUAA